GACCGGCUUGGACCGGCUCAGUGUAGCGGCUCCACCCGGCUGGCUGUGGGUCCGGACGCGGGACACGGACCGGGGAGCGGCCCGGAGCACGGACCGGGAGGAGGCGACGGGAGAGAAAGAAAACCUCCUUAGCAACAAACCGGUUUCACGGCAUUAUUGGACAGCCGAUCCCGUUCUGUCACCGGGCGGUGCGCCAUGCGGUGGUCAACCUCUGCUUGUCGGUGACGGACAGAUUUCGACGUCGCCGGACGCUGCGACCCACCGGAUCGGAGACAGAAACUGAAAUUGAAGUGGAUUACCAAGACCACAGCCCGGUUACUGGGACAGAACAGCAUCUUGAACCUCUUUGUGGAUCUGCACGGCAGAUUAAAUGGCAUCUUAGCGGGUCUACAGCAACAUAACCAGGACUGCAUAGGACUUUAAAGGAUCUAGAGCCAGAUUACCAGGGCCUCAAUCCAGAUUACCUGUCCUAAACAGCAUUUCACCAGGGUUUCAAACAAAUUGCAAGACUAUAAUCUGGCUACUGAGUCUACAAUAAGGUUAAUUGGACCAUAUGGCCAAGUUGCGGAUUGCGCUGUCAUUUCCGGGAUUACUGUGAUCCCUGGGUAUCGGGGUGGCUGUAUUUUCUGGGGACACCCAUUAUUAUGCUAUCCUAUCUUCACUGUGUCCACAGUGGAACCUUUAACAAGUCAUCAAACAGAAAUUUUUGGGAGGAACUGCUGAAGAGGAAUGGGGAGUCAGGGUGGUGCAGAGUUAGCGAGUCGUUCCCAGGAAGCCUCAUGUUCAGUUCCUCCAAUCGCCAGCGUUUGAGUGUCCAUCUACAGCCAUGUGCCCUGCUGAAGAGCUCUUGAGCAAGACUUCCAGACCCAGCCAGUAAUCCCUCCAACCACUCUGGAUCAGAGCUUCAAAGAAAUGCCUGAAUAAUAAUUUUCUGGCUGUGACAGUAUCACUAUAGUGUUGUUUAUAGUAUGAGAUGAAGGUUGAGUAGUCGCCAGCCUUAUUAUUCACCAUGUUUCCAUAGUAACAUUACUAUAGACAGGUUACGAGUACUACAGCUAAAUUACCAGGGUUAGAAACAGGUAAUCAAGACUGAUCGCUGGCCUACUGGGUCCACGUAGGAAGUUACCAGGCCAGAGGAUGAUGACGGUACUACAACCAGGUUACAAGGUCUAGAGCCAGAUUACUGAGAUUACACAACGAGACUACUGAGUCUACAGAACAGUCACUGGGUCCACGUUCUUUUUUUCUGGAAUUAUAGUUUGAUUACCAAAUUAAUGCGACUAAGUUACUAGGAUUGCAGGGCAUCCUACCAGGACUACACAGCACGUAAUCAAGACUGAGCCAGGUUACUCUGGUAACCAGGUUACCAGGGCUACAAACCAGGUUGCCGGGACUUCGAGUCAUUGAUUAUCUCUGUUGUAAGAUGAAUUCUGGGUAGCGGGGACACUGUUGAACGUUAGCGGUCCGCCAUUCACCAUGUCUCUGAACAACAAGAGCAUCGAGCUGGAGCAUUUCGACGAACGGGACAAAGUCCGGCGAGGUCGCUCCACCCGCACCAAGAGGGAUGACUCCACCAGCAGCACCGGCGGCGGGUCCGGUCCGGGCUCCCGGGGCAGCAGCCUGGUUCCCAGCCCCGCCCACAGCGCCAACUGCAGCUACUACCGGACCCGCACCCUGCAGGCGCUCACCUCAGAGAAGAGGGCCAAAAAGGUCCGGUUCUACCGCAACGGCGACCGGUACUUCAAAGGUUUGUUGUACGCCGUCUCCAGCGACCGGUUCCGCUCGUACGACGCGCUGCUGAUGGAGCUGACGCGCUCGCUGGCGGACAAUCUGCAUCUUCCGCAAGGGGUGCGCACCAUCUACACCAUCGAUGGGAGCAAGAAGAUCACCAGUAUGGACGAACUGGUGGAAGGUGAGAGCUACGUCUGCGCCUCCAACGAGCCGUACCGCAAGGUCGACUAUACCAAGAUCUCCAACCCGAGCUGGAAGCCUGGAGCGAGUGCCGGCACCGCCGUGGUGGGGUCGGCUGCGGCCCGCUCCUCCGCGGCGCCCGCCGGGUCCUCAGCUGCCACGGGGAACGCCACCGCGUCCAGGGAGCGUCCCGAAGGCCGGGAGGGCAGGGAGAGCAAAGACUUCAUCAAGCCCAAGCUGGUGACGGUGAUCCGGAGCGGCGUGAAGCCCCGCAAGGCGGUGAGGAUCCUGCUUAACAAGAAGACCGCUCACUCCUUCGAGCAAGUGCUGGCCGACAUCACCGAGGCGAUCAAGCUGGACUCCGGGGCGGUGAAGAGGCUGUACACGCUGGACGGAAAGCAGCUGACCUGUCUGCAGGAUUUCUUCGGCGAUGACGACGUCUUCAUGGCGUGCGGCCCGGAGAAGUUCCGCUACGCUCAGGACGACUUUGUGCUCACACACAGCAGCAAGACGCCGGCCUUUGUCACCGAGUGCAGGGUGAAGGCGUCUCGCUCGGCCACGUCCCAGAAAGCCACAACUCCCAAGACUCCCAGUGGCGCCUCUGCCUCCAAGACUCCGCCCAAGACUCCGCCCAGAACCAAGUCACCUGGCCCAGCCAAUGAGGUGCCAGCAGGGAAGCCGUCCAGAUCAAGCCCCUCCCCCACCAGUCCCAGGUCACGACGCAGCCUCAAGAUCUCUCCUCAUCGUGCUUCCUCCUCAGAUGUAAACGGAGAGGCCGAGCAACCAGAUGACGCCACUACUGAAGUGAACGGGAACCGCUGCGUCUCCUCCUCCAUCAUCAACGAGAAGUACAAAGUCGGGAAAGUCAUCGGAGAUGGAAACUUCGCCGUGGUGAAGGAGUGUGUGGAGAGGUCGACGGGUCAGGAGUUCGCGCUGAAGAUCAUCGACAAAGCUCGCUGCUGCGGGAAGGAGCACCUGAUAGAGAAUGAGGUGGCGGUGCUGCGGAGGGUUCGACACCCCAGCAUCAUCCAGCUGAUCGAGGUGGAUGACACGCCGACGCAGCUCUUCCUCGUCAUGGAGCUGGUGAAGGGCGGGGAUCUGUUCGACGCCAUCACCUCCUCCACUAAGUACAGCGAGCGAGAUGCGAGUGCGAUGGUGUUCAAUCUGGCCGGAGCCGUUAAAUACCUGCACAGGAUGAACAUCGUGCACCGAGACAUCAAGCCUGAGAACCUGCUGGUGUGCGAGUAUCCGGACGGCACCAAGUCGCUGAAGCUCGGCGACUUCGGCCUGGCGACGGUGGUGGAGGGGCCGCUGUACACCGUGUGCGGGACGCCGACGUACGUGGCCCCGGAGAUCAUCGCCGAGACCGGGUACGGGCUGAAGGUGGAUAUCUGGGCAGCAGGAGUGAUCACCUACAUCCUGCUGUGUGGUUUUCCUCCAUUCAGAAGUGAGAACAACGUUCAGGAGGAGCUGUUUGACCAGAUCCUCCGAGGGAAGCUGGAGUUCCCGUCUCCGGACUGGGACAACGUCAGCCUGCCGGCCAAGAUGCUGAUUGGUCAGAUGCUGCAGGUGAACGUGGACGCUCGAUACACUGCCGAGGAGGUUCUGUCGCACCCCUGGGUGACGGAUGAAGCUCCAUUAGAAGCCAACACUGUGAGCAGCACAGAAGACCAGACGGCUGCAGAAACACUGGAACCAGAGCAGGAGUCCCCGCUGCUGGAGACCCGACAGAUCCCCUCCCCGCUGGUCUAGGACACGUCCCGUUUCGUCCAC